ACCAUUGGUAAUUGGUAUCAACUGAACAGAGAGGGGAUGUUUGCAAAAACUAAACACUGCCUAAUUUUCUGCCAAGCCUUUACUUACGAAAUAACAGUCUUUCCCUUUCUCCAUCAUCCUAGGACAAAUAUAGAUGCUUGAUCGGAUAUUGAGAGUAAUAAAGCUGAAUUCCCUCUAAGAGUUUGAUAAAUUAAAAGGCAAGAGCUCAUAUAUAAUGUUUAGUUAUACUGUGAGUCUUGUGAGAAGCUGAGAGACACCCCAUUAACUCCCCAGCAUACAGAACUCAGUCUGACAGCUUUUUGGAUGCAACUCCUCUCACAUCUUUCCUCAAAGAUUACAUUCUAAAAAUAACCAGGCGGGGACUUCCCUGGUGGUCCAGUGGUUAAGAAUCCGCUUUCCAGUGCAGGGGAUCCCACAUGCCGUGGGGCAACUAAGCCCUUGCACCACAACUAUUGAUCCCGCACGCCACAACUAGAGAGAAGCCCGCGCACCGCAAGGAAAGAUCCCGCGUGCGCAACUAAGACCCGACGCAGCCAAAAAAUAAAUUAAUUAAUUAAAUAUUUAAAAAAUUUUAAAAAUUUAAAAAAAUAACCAGGUGAUUAGGAGAAGAGGUUUGUCUCACCAGUGGACUUAUCUGUUAUUUCCUUGUUAUUGUGAGUUGAAUGGCAUGACGGAGCAAAGGCGAGCUGGUCUACAAUCAAUUCUCAAGGUAUUAUGUCUAAAGGGUCAGAGCUUCCACAGCAUGGCCACAGCUUUGCAGAUGCCCGCAUCAUGAGAGUUGAAAUAACAAAGCCCACUCAGCAAAGGUGAAAGCCGAGGGCACCAAAAGGCCUGCCUUGACAGCUUUCUGCCAUGCAUCCCCUCGAACAUCCAGCUGGUCCAAUGCCUCAGUGACUAUGAAGAGUGAGGGCUGCCGCCAGGAAGUAGUGCAUCGCAGAGCAAGGAUUCAAAUAAGCAGCUGGGGGUCUUCCCUGGUGGUCCAGGGAUAAGACUCUGCUCUCCCAAUGCAGGGGACCCAGGUUCGAUCCCUGGUCCGGGAACUAGAUCCCACAUAUAUGCCGCAACUAAGAGUUCGCAUGCCGCAACUAAGGAGCCCGCCUGCCACACCUAAGACCCAGUGCAACCAAAUAAAUAAAUAUUAAAAACAAAACAAACCAACAAAACACAAAUAAGCAGCUGGAAGUAGGCCCAGGAGCAAAACACUGACAAUCCUCUCACCAAUCCAGUGGAGAGAUGCAGCCUUGGAAGCAGAAUGGUGGUUGGGUGACAGGUGAAUAUGUUGUAUUCCACACCAUCCUGGGGUAGGUCGGUCCUAGAGAAAUGCUGAGACCUGAGCCAGUCUGACCACUGGGAUUUAGAGGAACAGAGCUCGCCCUCCUCCGGCACCACAGAGGACACUCAGCCUCCAGAGAGGCCCCAUGUCGCUCCUGAAGGCUCAAGGUCAUCCCCAGAACGUCCGCUUUAAGAUGAGGAUGAUUGUUUCUGCACCACCGUUCCGCCUCACUGGGGAGGGCUAUGGUCUCAGCCCAGAGGGCACCUUCUGCAAACAUGUCUGUGGAUCCCUUAUCCAGCAAAGCCCUGAAGAUCAAGCGCGAGCUGAGCGAGAACACGCCGCACCUGUCCGACGAGGCGCUGAUGGGGCUGUCGGUGCGCGAGCUGAACCGGCACCUGCGCGGGCUCUCAGCCGAGGAGGUGACGCGGCUCAAGCAGCGGCGCCGCACACUCAAGAACCGCGGCUACGCAGCCAGCUGCCGCGUGAAGCGCGUGUGCCAGAAAGAGGAGCUGCAGAAGCAGAAGUCGGAGCUGGAGCGCGAGGUGGACAAGCUGGCGCGCGAGAACGCCGCCAUGCGCUUGGAGCUCGACGCGCUGCGCGGCAAGUGCGAGGCGCUGCAGGGCUUCGCCCGCUCCGUGGCCGCCGCCCGCGGGCCCGCCGCGCUGGUAGCUCCGGCCAGCGUCAUCACCAUCGUCAAGUCAGCCCCGAGCCCCGGCCCCGCCCCCGGUCCGGGCCCCGCCCCCGGCCCCGCCGCCUGCUCCUAGUGGCCGCCGAGCCCCGCUCGCUCCGCCCACGCCCAUUCUCCAAACCACAGGCCCCUCUGACCCCAGCUGCCUUCCCUAAGUGCCUAAGCGCAGUCUCUGUCUCCAAGUGCCAUAUCUCUGCAGCCACCAGCCCCCGUGGUGAACACACACGUUCCCUCCCCAGAGCCUGUCUUCCUCCUGCGGCCCCUGAAACUGGGACCUAAUGGCCCUGGGGAGGGGCAACGGUGAUGAGAUAGGAGGUAGGUGGGGUCGGGGUCUGGGGUUUCCUCUGGUAGAAAAUUUCAGACUUCUUAGUUUGGGAGGAGGGGAUACAGAGCGGAUUAGAGAAGGGCCAUCGAGGGGAAGACGGCCACCCCUCAUUCUGUAACAGCUCAGCUUGUGCCACCAGCCCCUCCCCACCCGCCAGGGAUACAGGACUAGGCUUGGCCCGGUAUGGGUCUUGUGGGGCUGUCUAGCUGGGAAGCUGAUGCUCCUGCCUCCGCCUUGCACCCAGAUGCCUGGCCUUCCAAAGCUGGAAGACUCAUUAGAAAUCACCUAGUGAAGCCCACUUAACAGAUGAGAAAACAGGCCUCUAUCGGACGUGCCCAAGGCCACAUAUGCUUAGUGGUUGAGCUGGAACCCUGUCUUCCCACGCUGCCCUGAGAUUCCAGCCAUGGUUGUCAGGGGGACAGCGGCCAGGGCCUGAACAGGUGGUGAAAGGGCCUCCGUGGCCUGGGAGAUGGCUCUCUGUGAGUCAGGUGAAGAGAAGUAGAGGGAGAGAGAAGGUGACGCAGAUGGAAGAGAGGGAAGGAGCUGGCCAGGCUCAACCCUGGGCUCUCCCUGCAGCCAGGGAGCUGGCCAGCCAAAGAGAAAGGGGACCAAGGAGGUGACCACUGUGGCGGUGGGGAGAUGAGAAGACAGAUCCUAUGGUUCUGCAGCGUGGGAUAGGGGUCCUUAAAGGGAAGGGUCCCACCUGUCCACCCUGUGGGAGGGGGGCUGACCACUGCCAUUGAUCGCCAUUCUCUUGGGAAGCCCGGCCCGAGCCUUCCCCCGCCUGCCCGCCCCCAACUAUACAGCUGCUCCUCCCUGCCGUUUAUUUAUUGCACGAAUCUAAGUUAUUCUCCCCAGCCAGAGCCCAGCGCCCACUGCCCGGCAAAAGUGUGUGGCCCUGAGCUGGACUUUAUAUUUUAUAUCUGCAAAUAAAUCACAUUUUAUCUUAUACUUAGGAGAAGCCGGAUGGCAAAAACAACCAAAAAAUGUUUUUUAAAAACAAUUGCCCGGCCCCCGGAAUUUAUUUAUUUUUCUGACUUACAGUAAGCGAGUUAUCCGCCUUCUGUAUUUUGUAGACUUUCUGAAUAAAGUCAAGUUCUCUUUUUCCACAGUUUAGAAGUGUA